GAACAUUUUCAGUUGUGUUUGUUUUGUUUUUGUCACUUUCUUGAAAUAAAACACGUAGUGUUUUAAUUAGUAUUACCAGAUCGUUUUUCAAAUAUUUGUUUCUAAAACACCUGGAAGGCUGGAAAGCGGUUCAUUUCAGAUAUGGCUUUAACAUACACAGUUGAAACAGUCAUAGCAAACUGGAAUGGAAACUUCCCAGACUACACACUUACUGCUGAAGAUCUAAAGAAGCCACAUGCUAUGAUGGGAGCACUCUUUAAAGUGUUUGAUCGCUUGGGUAUUGACCGAGAUGCUAUCCUUGCACCACCACCUGAAGCAGAGCGUAACGAAAAUGUCUACUUCUACUGGGACCUACUACCAGUAAUCAAUACAACUAGAGUGGUCAACCACCUCAUUCUGGUCAUGCCUGACUAUUCAAUGACCAACACCAUUAUACAGUUGAUUCAGCCAAAUAUCAACACUUCUAACUCCAUAAUACUGCUGCUGUACAACUUAAUGAUCUUUCAAGAGGAACGCAUGAGCCAUAUUGCACCUUAUGAGGAGGAGAUAUUCUCCAAGACUGAUAAGGUUAAAAUAUUGAAAGACAAAAAGAAUAAUCUUAUGGAACUGCUGAACAAACAAUUUGCAGAAAAAGCAGAGAGAGCCGGAAGACUUAAGAAUAUAGACAGAGAAAUGAAACAGUACGAAGAGGAACUCAAGCAAGAGAAAGAAGCUGUUGCCAAAGACAAGCAGGAACUUGAAGCGAUACAGAAGGAGUUCAGACAGCUGGACAUAAUACUGGAGCAGAAGAAGAGUCACCGGGACGCACUUGUUACUGAAGUUAGCAAGAAACGUGCCUUGAGAGUCUACGAUGCUGAUGAUAUAAAGGCUCAGGUGGAACAAGCAGCUCAGAAUGUUCAGGAUGCUGAGGAGAAAUUGAAUAUGUUAAGAACAACGUUGAUGCAGAAAGACAAUAGUUUGAAGAACCUGCAGUCUAUAAAGCCCAACUUGGAUAUUGCUAACAAUUUGCUGUACGAGAUCAUAAAGCUAUCUGAUAGUUUGAGGGACUAUGAAAACGGUGAUGCGGAGAGCAAAGAGGGUGAGCAGGCUGACCUUGAUGCAGAGCUCAGUGAGCUGGAGGCUCAGUUUGCUGAACUGAGCACAGCCAGAGCGGAGGCCAACAGGAAACGACAGGAAGUAAGCCUGAGGCGACAGCAGGAGCGAGCCAAGGCACAGAGUGAUAUACGGGAUGCUGAAGAUAAUGACAAGAAAUGCGCAGAGAAAUCCAAAAAAGCCGCAAAAAGAGUAAUGGAACUUCAAGAGCUGACUGCCCAGUAUGAGAAAGAAAAAGCUGUCGGCCUCGAAGAGUUGUCAAACAUCAAAGAGAAUUUUAUUAAUGGAUUGAAGUCAAUAGAUGAAGCUCUCUUGAAGAAGACUUUAGACGCUAAGGAGAAAAUUGAAGCUAGAUUACGAAAGCGGCAGGGAUGAUUGUUAUUAUAAUUACGUGUUAAAUUAAGUGUUUUCUGUAUAAAUUAUUUAACUGACCCAGUAAAGAAAGAGGUGUUAAGAGUUAACUUGAAUGAAAUUGCAUUUGUCCAUCUGUCAGAGCCCCCUAUAACCUUCUAAUAUUGGAAUAUUAUAAUUUUAAAUCUAUUUAUAAAAUAUUUCUGUAACACGGCGAUUUCUGUACAUUUAAUAUUAUUGUAUAAUUUUAUUCAAGAGACAGUUAAAUAUCGAUCCUAUACAGAUUUUUAUUCAAUAAUUUGGUAGAGCGCAGACAAAGUCGCGGGCAACUAGUUUGUAAAUAUUAUAUUAACUUAAGGGAUAUUGUUGGAAAUGGCUUGGUAUAAAUAUAUCACCAAUAUCAUUUCAAGUAGAAAUGUAAAUUAAAAAGUAAUUUUUUUUUUCAAAUUGAAUUAAAAUGGUUUUCUCUACGUGUUACUACUCUGUAAUGUAACAUCGGUAAUAGCGCGCGAACCACGACUUCGUGCUUGCUCGCAGCAGUUUGGCAACAGGCACAUGUAUUUGGUUGCACAGUGUAAUGUGACUUUACAGACAUAACAUUAUGUUUUUUUUUUUAAUGAAAGACAUAACUCGUGAUUUGAAAAGUCGUAGAACACAGUCGUUGUUACAUUUAAUUAUAGGAACUACACUUUCUGGCAUUUUUAUUAACCUUGUACAUACAAUUUUAUCAAGAUCUGUAAUCAGUAGUUGAUCAUUUAUUUAUUUUAUGCCUCCCUACUACUGGAGGUUGGCUGUCAGCUCAGCAAACUUAUCGCUGAUGCGCGAAACCUAAACCGUACAUUGGUAACAAGUAAACAAACGCUUUCGAAUUUAUAAUAUUAGUGUGCAUUAACCAAAUAAACACUAAUUAUUAAUAUGAGUGUUACAAAGUUCUGAUAUACGGAUAGACGGACGGACUAGUAAAGUGAAUAAGAAGUGCAAUUUCAGGUAACUAAAACUCAGAAACAGAGAGAGUUUAAAUUAGAAAUAAUCGUAUUAAAAUAUACCAUAUACUCA